AUGAUAAAAGAUGUGGUGUAUGAUGCUCGAAAUCAGUUUGUGGAUGAGAUUUACAUUUCUUUUGUUGAAUCAUUUUCUACAACACCAGUAGGAUGGACGGUCGUGCCACCGCCGGAUAUAACAUUUCCGUCGUCUUCUUCAUAUUUUGGCCGUGAAUCUAGAUCAACAUCCGAUGUCCACUCUCUGAUUGGGGAUAGAUUAGUCAUUUCAAACCGCAAUGCAUCUUGCUUUGUAGUGCAAAGACCAUCUAACUCUACAGCUACUGAAAGAACAGAGAAAGGGGAACAUGAAAGAUCACCUGCAAAAGAUGAAGGUGUUUCAUAUACGUUAGAUGAAGCACUUUCCAGAAUAGGGUUUGGGAACUUCCAGUUUAUCGUGCUUGCAUAUGCUGGAUUGGGUUGGGUAGCGGAAGCCAUGGAGAUGAUGCUUUUGUCGUUCGUCGGACCGGCCAUUCAACCGGAAUGGGGACUUUCUUCCGGCGAAGAGAGCUUCAUUUCAACUGUUGCUUUCGCCGGCAUGCUUGUGGGGGCAUAUAUGUGGGGCGUCGUUUCAGAUAACUAUGGAAGAAAGAAGGGUUUCCUUGGUGCAUCCAUAGUAACAACAGGAGCUGGAUUUUUGAGUGCUUUCGCCCCAAACUAUACAUCAUUAUUGAUUCUUCGUUGCUUCAUUGGCAUUGGUCUAGGGUGUGGGCAUGUAUUUACAUCAUGGUUUUUAGAGUUCGUUCCAACUCAAAAAAGAGGAACAUGGAUGGUUGUUUUUGCAACAUUUUGGACUGUUGGAACCAUUAUUGAGGCUUCACUCGCAUGGUCGAUCAUGCCUAGAUUUGGUUGGAGAUGGCUACUCGGUCUAUCUGCUUUUCCAUCUCUACUUGUGUUAUUGUUUUAUGGUAAUGUACCCGAGUCACCAAGGUUCCUUUGCAUGAAAGACAGAUUGACUGAGGCACGUGAUGUUUUAGAGAGAGGAUCAACACUCAAUCAACGUGAACUUCCCAUUGGCAUGCUAGUGUCCGAUCAAAUAAAUAAAGUUGAUAACGAGUUUCAUUCGUUAGAAACCUUGGAUGAUCAUAGAACUACUGUGUCGUCGAUAUCCAUGCUACUAUCACCUAAGUUGAUAAAGACAACACUUCCGUUAUGGGCCUUGUACUUCGGAAAUACAUUUUCUUAUUAUGGUAUUGUGCUUCUGACUUCACAGUUGAGCAUUUCUAAUGGCGAAUGUGGUACUAUGAUUGCUUCGCAGAUGGAAAGUAUCCAGGAUUCGAGUCUCUACACGAAUGUGUUUGUAACUAGCUUGGCAGAACUCCCUGGGCUUGGUUUGGCAGCCAUCAUAUUAGACAGACUUGGUCCUCGUAUGUUCAUCUCCACAAGCUUCAUUGUCGCUUGUAUCUACGCCCCAGAGGUAUACCCAACAAACUUAAGGGCAACAGGAGUUGGAAUAGCAACAGCUAUAGGUCGAACCGGUGGCAUGGACUUAGUGUUGUUAUGCUUCCAUUUGAAACCAAAGGGAUGGAAUUAA